UCCCCGCCACUUCACACAAUACUUUACAUACGUGGCACACUUGAAUAGAAAAAAUCAUUUCAUUUCUUUCUUGAUCUCUUUAGUAAUAAUAGAAAAAUUCCAACUUCCUGUUAACAAGAUCUUCAUUCUUCAAUACCAGAUAAGAUAAAUUAGUGGUACAAGCUAGGUGGAACAUGUCAAAUGUAAUAAGAGGGGAAUCAAAGGAAGGAAAAGGUGGAGAAAAAUCAAAAGACGAUAAUAAGAGCGAGUAUGAUGACUACUUUGAGACGGUACAAAGCAGGAAGAAAUUGUCACCUUCAUUGCAAGAGAAAUUAACGGCCGCUUUCUCAAAAAUUCCGGUUUCUUCUUUUCCUCUUGUGCCUAGAGGCAAAGUGAUCGAAAUUCAAGCAGACACCACGAUUGCCGAUGCUGUCAAGAUUCUUUCAGAGUCCAAUAUAGUAUCUGCACCGGUGAGAAAUCCUGAUGCAGGUGACAGUAUGGACUGGAAAGAAAGGUAUCUGGGAAUCCUUGAUUACUCUACCAUAGUUUUGUGGGUGUUGGAAACUGCAGAUCUGGCAGCUGCUGCCUUAACUGCCACAUCAGCAACCGCUGCAGGGAUAGGUGCAGGCGCUGCAACCACUCUUGGAGCCAUAGCAUUAGGUGCGACGGGUCCAGUUGCCGCAGCAGGGCUAACCGUUGCUGCAGUUGGUGCCGCUGUUGCCGGUGGUGUGGCUGCUGAAAAAGGAAUGGGGAAAGACGCCCCUACUGCAGCUGAUGAGUUGGGUGAGGAUUUCUACAAAGUUAUCCUUCAAGAAGAGCCUUUUAAGUCUACACAGGUGAAGUCCAUCGUGAAAAGUUACCGUUGGGCACCUUUUAUUCCAGUCUCAACAGAUAGUUCUAUGUUGAGUGUUCUAUUACUGCUCUCAAAGUAUAGGUUGAGAAAUGUGCCUGUCAUAGAACCCGGGCAGCCAUUGAUUAAGAAUUUCAUUACCCAGUCUGCAGUUGUUCAGGGUCUUGAGGAAUGCAAGGGAAGAGAUUGGUUUGACUCCAUUUCUGUGCGUCCAGUAACCGAGUUGGGACUUCCCUUCGUUUCCAAAGAUAUGGUUAUUAGCAGUCAAAGUGAUGAACUAAUCCUUGAAGCAUUCAAGAAAAUGAAAGACAACCAAAUUGGAGGUCUCCCGGUUGUCGAAGGCCCAACGAAGAAGAUUGUGGGUAAUGUUAGUAUAAAAGAUAUAAAGUUUUUAUUACUAAGGCAGAAGCUUUUCACCAACUUCAGGAAGCUGACAGUUAAAGAUUUCAUGAACACAAUUGCUACAACAUCAGAGGAAAACUUGAAGAUUAUUUCACCAAUAACAUGCAAACUUGGGUCAACUCUUGGUGAGGUGAUAAGCACUCUGUCUUCAAAAUGUGUUCACAGGAUAUACGUUGUGAAUGAUGGUAAUGAGGUCAUUGGCAUUAUUACACUGAGAGAUGUGAUUUCUUGCUUCAUCAAUGAACCUCCAAAUUACGUGAUGGAGAUCCAUGGAUCUGCCCUCAAAGAAAUGUUAACCAAGGAGAAGAGUAGAAACUGAGGUUAGACAGAAUGUAACUUAAUACUUUGCAGAUUGUUCACCAUGAGUAUUUUACUUAAUCGAAUAGCAUCUCGCUUUUAUUCCAACAAAGUUAGGGGUUUUUUUUAUUUUUCGCAGAUGGUAAUCAUUUAUGUAGUUUUUA